GCAACAGCAGAGAGAGAGAGAUGAUACUCGGUAUCUCAAGAGCUGUCACUAAUAUUGUUCAGUGGUCCAAUUUAAAACUUAGAAUACCCGCAAUAUAAUGAUCAUAACACUGAUGAUGAUGAUGAUGAUGACGAUCAUUUUGUUGUCUUGUUUGGUUUGGAAGUGAGCAACGCGUCGCUCUUUGAAUGACAAUCAGACUAGGAGAUGGGCUGGGGCCUGUGUGGAAAUGAAAAAUGGAAAUGGAAGUGCGCAAGUGUGAGUGAGAUCUGUGGAGAUUGCAAAAGAUAUACUUAGAAUACUGCAUAGAGUAUAGAGUAUAGAGAUGGCACAAGCUUAAGCUUAUCAAGAGAUCCGAUUUUCAGUCUCUGUGCGAACGGCGACUGUGAAAGUUGGAAAAUCACGCGGCGCUCGAAAAUCUAGAAUCCUUGAUGAAAACUCGACUCGGUGCAAUUUGCAACUACAGCUAAAUCGGUUAUAUAGUAUUCCAUAGUGAAAUUUCUAGUGAAAUAGUGAAAAUUACUUAACAAAUUCAAAUCAGAAAUUACAAAAAAAAUAUAUAUAUUUAUUGUGUAAUAAAAAAUGUAAAUCUAGAGUUUAUUUUUAGCCUGUGGCAAUGUGAAUAAUAUAUUCCAAGUGUGACAAAACACAAACACAGAAGAAAAAAAAAAACAAUAACAAAAAGAAGCAAAGCAAAAGCAACAACAAAAUUUACUGUGCGCCGUUUAUGAUCACAGAUUUCAAUUGGAUUUAAUCAAAAUCAUAAGAAAAUUCAGUCAAACACACACACACAGAGCUUAUUAGCAUUGCGCGUGUAUUGGUUCACCUGUGUGUGUGCGUGUGCAUAGUGUGUGUGUGUGCGAGUGUGUCCCAGUGUCGUCUGACCGAGAAACUUAAACUAAGGCAGCAGCGCGCUGCAUUUCAUUGAAACGAACUUCAAACUGUCACAAGCACAGCGAGAGAUACAGAUACAUAGAUACGCAGAUACACAGAUUGAGAUACAUGCAAAUUAGUUACUAGUGUGUGUGUGUGUGUGUGUAUUUACAUUUUAACUGUGCACAAUGGCCAAACUGGCCAUCGAGGAGUCGGUGUCCGAGGGAUCUCGCACCGACAAAGAUAAAAUCGAAUUGACUCGCUUCGGUGAAUUCUGCCAACGACACGGCAUAAAUCCCAAUUUGAUUAUGCUCAAGAUAACCCUGUUCGUCAUGUACGGAGCAACUUCUUCCCUUCUCCCCUAUUUGACAAUUCACAUGCAAUCGAUUGGCCUGACAGUGGAAGAGAUUGCAAUUAUCUAUCUGGCGUUGCCUUUCACCACUUUCCUCAGUCCACCGAUAACAGGUUUUCUCGUUGACAAAUUUGGCAAAUAUAAACCCGUCGUUGUGAUGAGUCUCCUGCUGAAUGCAAUUUUCCAUCACUCGCUGCUCUUCAUACCGCAACAGGAGAUACCCGGAGUUGUGCCAUCGGCGUUUGUGCUCCGGCAUCCGGAUAGCGGCGACAUUGAGGUCUGGUGGUCGCCUUGUCCCAGCAGAGAGUGUCCAGAGGAACCGGAGCUGGAUUUGGCCGUGCAUCAAUGCGUCGACUAUUGUCUGAUGCAGGAGCAAACGAAUCCAGAGCUCUACACUGAUUUGCCUGCAACAACGACUAGAAGAGCAACAACAACCUCCUCCACUACAACAAUGAGCGCAUUGGGAGGAAUGUCCACUCCCGGAGUAGAUGCGGGUGCGGCGACAGACCCCACAUGGGUCAGUGAGACAACAAUGGCAUCAACUACAACUACAACGACGACUACAACGACGACGUCGACAACAUCUUCGCCCGCAUCAUCAUUGCCGGCAUUAUUCGCAACGCAAACGAGAAGCAGAUACCAAGAUGUACUUAAUAAUAUGUCAUCGACCAUGUUCCCGCCACUGGAGAACGCACCAGCAAUGUCCUUGCUCCUCCUUCAGCAGCAGCAGCAACAGCUACAGCAGGAGCAGCAGUCACCCUCAGUUGGGGCAUCCUCCUCGUCCUCGUCAUCGUCAUCGUCAUCGUCGUCAUCAUUAUCAUCAGCUGAAUUGUCAGCCAUGUCCAUGCAGGGAUUGAAUCUUUCCACGGGCAAUGCAGCCGCCACAGACGAUGGCAAGCCGAAGGAGAGCAGCAGUUGGGUGCACUCGGAUAAUUCGGAUGCCACGUACUUUAUGCUGCAAAUGCAUCCCGAUCUCGCCGAUCCCACUGAGCAGUUGGGCAUGGAAAUCGAACAGGAUGAUAACGAGACAGUGACCGAUAUCAGGCAACGUUUUGGCGAGGACCGUCUUGUGAAAAUGCAAAUCAAUCUCACGGACAUGGAUGAUUUGGAUUUGCGUUGUGGUGGCCUCGUCAGGCGCACCAACAUCUCGUAUGUCAAUGCCGGAGCUGUCAAGUGCAUGAUGCAGCGUUGCACGUUCACCCAGCAUGCCCCAGAGAUUUGUCCGCCGGACUACAAGGAAACCGAUGACACCAUUUUCUGGAUAUACUUUUUGUUGAGAUUCCUGGCAACCACCAUGCUGUCAGCUGGUGUAACCAUCAUGGAUCCCAUUGCGUUGACAAUGAUAGAGAAGUUUGGCGGCGACUUUGGCCGCGAACGUCUCUUCUCCAGCAUCGGCAUGGCCAUCUUUUCGCCCAUCACUGGCAUCAUGAUUGACUACUCAUCGCGGGGCUUGGGCUACACGGACUACUCGGCGGCAUUCUAUACGUAUGAUGUGUUGCUGGUCAUAUCAACAAUGUCGGUGCUAAUGAUGCCGUUGGGCGAGAAGUUGCCGGCGGAUAAUGUGUUUAGGGAUUUGUGGAAUCUAUUGAAAAUGCCGCACGUGAUUGCAUUUAUCAUCUUUCUGUUUGUGCUCGGCAAUUUCUGGGGCUUUAUCGAGAGUUUUCUCUUUCUCUAUCUCAAGGAGCUGGGUGCGCCCAACUAUCUGCUUGGUAUAACAAUUACGGUGGGCACUGUGAGCAGCAUUCCUUUUCUGUAUGGCGCUGAGAAGAUCACACGUAUCUUUGGCCAUGUUAAUCUGAUUAUCAUCGCAUUCUUCUCGCAUGCCGGACGACUGGUCGGCUAUUCCUUUAUAGAGAAUGCCUGGUGGUGUUUCCCCUUUGAGGCCAUGGAAUCGCUCUCCUGCCACUUGAUGUGGGUGGCUGCUGCAACGUAUUGCUCCAUCUUGGCGCCCAAGAGUCUGUUGGCCACGCUGAUUGGCGUACUGGGCAUGGCGCACUUCAGUCUGGGACGAGGCAGUGGCAGCUUCACGGGUGGCCUGCUCAUCGGACAGUUUGGCACACGCGAUGCCUUCCGUUAUAUGGGAUUGUUGGCUGUGGUCGGUGGCAUUGCUUACGGUCUGUUGCAUCUCAUUUGGCUGCGCAAAUUCGAUCACACCACCGAGGAGUCCGAGGAGGAAGUCGAGGCUGUCGAGGCAGGCGAGACGGAGAAAUUGACGGAACCGGCGACCAAAGAGCAGGGCACAUCGAUGUCGUUGGAGCGUCUCAGUCUCAUGAUCAAAUACAAUCAGAUUGGCAGUCUGUCAUCGCUGCCACGCGGCUCGCGGGCGGAUAUACACGACCAUUUGUCGGUGCGUCGCAGCAGCUACAACGUGGAGUCGCUGCGGGGCGUGCCGAGGCACGGCAAUAUUGGGAGCAGCGCAUCCAAGGUGGAUAUACUGCGUUCGGCUCUUGAAAUUAAUCACAAGUCCUCGAACAAUUCGAUGCUGAGCAAAGCCGAUAACAAAACGUCAAAUCAAUCACUGGGUCGCAAUCGUGCCGACAGUGCGCCCAAAUUGAAUCACAGCAAUCUAAAGAAUAUUUCACAACCCGCCCUCGAGGGCGUUGUAUUAGAGGGAGUGGAAUCAACAUUCUUUCCAAGCCGCAUGAAAAAGUAUCCAAGUGGUUUGUUAACUUCAAUACCCGCUGUGGAUUUAUCUGUAAUACCCAGCUCCAUGUUAAUGGAUCAGGAGGGUCCCAAGGUAAUACCCGAGGAGACCGAGUUGAACUCGUCGAAGACCACAGUCGCUGGCAGCGCGGAGGAGACAACAACAACAGCACCGGCAGUUCAGAGCACGCAGCUUAAUGGGAACGGCAAGGGUCCGCAGGACAAUGACAAUUGAUUUGAAGCCACAACUAACGGGGCGUAUAAGUGAUAUUAAUAAACAAUAAACCAAAUGAGAAAUGAAAUUACACAACAAAUAACAAUUACUAUUUGAAACUUAUAGAAUAAUAUCUCUGUUUUUUUCUGUGUGAAAUUAUAAACGAAUCAUUGUUAAUUGUUAUGAGUAAAAUGAAAAUAUAAAUGUGUAUUUUAUUGAAAACCGUUCGCGAAUUGUUUCGAAAUUCGCCCAGAAAUGUAAUUGAUUUGCAUUCGUGUAAAUUAAACUAUAAUUGUCAACAGAAACUGUUUGUUUGCC